UUUCACUUCCAGUUCCAGAUUCAGAUUUUCAUUUUUGUCAAUCAUUGAGUCCUCAUUCAAACAUUUCCGCAAACUAUAAUCAUUUCCGAUUCGCCUUUUUUUUUUCCUAGUAACUUCCUCAAACGCUACUCACGUUCGAAUCUCCCGCCGCCAUGGCGGCCGCCGGAGCAUGUCUCUUCUCCGCCGCGCUCUUCCGCCGUGAGCCGCCGUCUCCUGCCGGGAAACCGAGCUCCCACCGGAUCUCGAGUACGACUCCGCGACUCGCCGUGUCGGUGGACCGAGUUCCGGCAUCGACGGCAGCGGUGGAGAGCGGAGAAGGAAACGGUGCGGUGGUGAGAGAGAAGCGUAUGGAAGAGAAGGAGGAGAAGGAGAAUCGACGCAUGAACGGUUGGAAGGAGUAUUUGGAGCAAUCGAAGGAGCUGAUAGAACCGGACGGUGGACCGCCACGUUGGUUUUCGCCGUUGGAGUGCGCUUCCCGAUUGGACUAUUCUCCUCUUCUGCUCUUCUUGCCGGGGAUUGAUGGCGUGGGACUUGGACUUAUUUUACAUCAUCAGAAACUGGGGAGGAUUUUUGAUAUGUGGUGCUUGCAUAUUCCAGUCGCUGAUCGGACACCGUUUACAGAUCUUCUAAAAAUAGUUGAGAGAACAGUUAGGUCAGAACAUCAACGUUCACCAAAUAGACCCAUAUAUCUUGUUGGGGAAUCUUUAGGAGCAUGCCUUGCACUGGCUGUUGCGGCACUUAACCCUGAUAUUGAUCUUGUUCUAAUUUUGGCGAACCCAGCUACAUCAUUCAGGAGGUCAAGCUUGCAACUUCUAACACCAUUAUUGGAAGCGUUGCCCAAUCCACUCUCUCCUGGCCUGCCUAACAUUCUCAGGUCGACAGAAGGUGAAUCUCUGAGGAUGCUGUUGGAUAAUGUGGUCCAAGGACUUCCUCUACAAAAUACAGCUGGAGAGCUAGUGAAGGAUUUUACUACUUUCUCAUUAUCUCUGCCUGUUCUUGCUGAUAUAUUACCAAAAGAAACACUUGUGUGGAAACUAAAGAUGCUUAAGUCUGCUUCGGCUUAUGCCCAUUCACGCCUUUAUGCUAUCAAAGCUCAGACUUUGAUUCUUUGCAGUGGAAAUGAUCAGUUACUACCUAGUCAACAGGAAGGUGAAAGACUACUGAAGUUACUGCCUAAAUCUAAAUGCCAGCUUCGUAAAUUUGAUGACAGUGGACAUUUCCUAUUCCUGGAAGACAGCAUUGACCUGGUAACAAUCAUCAAAGGCACUUCAUACUACCGCCGUGGCAAGUAUCAUGACUAUGCAUCAGAUUUUAUACCUCCAACACUUGAUGAGGCCAAAAACAUAAUAGAAUCAAACAGUUUGUUUAACCUUAUUGCAAGUGCUGUAAUGCUCUCAACUUUGGAGGAUGGGACGCUUGUAAAAGGCCUUGCUGGAAUUCCUUCAGAGGGGCCUGUUUUGUUUGUUGGGUACCACAUGCUACUCGGAUUAGAAAAAAUUCCCCUGGUUUCUCGAAUUUUUUUGGAAAGGAAUAUCCUUCUUCGAGGGGUAGCACAUCCCAUGAUGUUUAUGAGAUCUAAAAAUGGAAGGUUACCAGAUUUAUCUUCUUUUGACAAAUUCAGAGUUAUGGGUGCUGUCCCUGUAGCACCAACUAACCUCUUCAAGCUCUUUUCUUCUAAGUCUCAUGUCCUAUUAUAUCCUGGAGGGAUGCGCGAGGCUCUUCAUAGAAAGGGUGAAGAAUACAAGUUAUUCUGGCCUGAACAAUCUGAGUUUGUAAGGAUGGCAGCAAGAUUUGGAGCUAAAAUUGUACCUUUUGGUGCAGUUGGAGAAGAUGACCUUGGUGAAGUAGUUUUUGAUUAUGAUGACUUGGUGAAGAUUCCUUACUUUAGGUCGGAAAUAGAAAGCCUCACAAAUGAGGCUACGCAGUUGAGGAGUGAUGCUGGUGGUGAGGUGGCAAAUCAGCCAGUGCAUAUGCCGUUGAUUUUGCCUAAAGUUCCUGGUCGGUUCUACUAUUAUUUUGGAAAACCAUUGGAAAUGGAAGGGAGGAAACAAGAACUGAGAGACAGGAAGAAAGCUCAUGAGAUUUAUUUACAAGUGAAAUCUGAGGUUGAGAGAUGUAUUGCUUAUUUAAAGGUGAAAAGAGAAAGCGACCCCUACAGAGGUAUAGGGCCUCGACUAUUAUACCAGGCUACACAUGGUUUUGAGUCAGAAGUUCCAACAUUUGAAAUUUGAUUGUUUUGCACAAAAAAUAAGGCAAUUUUCUAAUUGGUUCUGAGGGUUGUUUUGCAUUCCCUAGGUUAGAGGCAAACUAUGAAUAUUGCCAGUAGUUUCAGGAUUGUUUUCGGGCCGAAAAGGCAUGAUUUCUUAAUAGAAACAUUGUACAAUUUUACCAAGUUUAAAUCAAUAAGAGAUAAAAUACAAAUAAUAGAUUAUUGGGGAAGGAGAA